AUGGAUGCUGAGGGAUCGCCCAUUGACCCAAAAUUCCACGGCCUAGGCUUGGAUAACGCCGACUCAAAUUUCUUUCCCCAAACAACUACCAUAGAUAAAAUCGCCAGCGACUCCGGAUAUGCGACCAUAAGCCCGGUUGUAUCGCAGCUGGCAAAAAUCUCAAACCCUGGGAAAGAGAAACUCCUAGCACUCCUACAGAUCCUUGACGAUUUCAAAGAUCGCCUCGAUCCGAUCGGGGCCUCCGACAUGAACUUUUUACAAGGGAAACUACAAUCUCUUCGUAUAAAACUUCGGGCUAAAGAUCAAGAGAUAAGGCGUCUGAAGAGCAUUUGCCGUGAUCAAAAAAUCCUGAUCGACUUGCAUCACCGAGACAUCAGCGAACUCGACACCAAGAGAAAACUCACGCUCGACUACUUCGAUUAUACAGUCGAAGCUGAUCAGAAAAUUAGAGACAUCAUGUCCCGGGCCGCGGAUCUCGAGGCAGAAAUCAAUAAAGUCCUUACGCAGCGCAUCCAACAACUCGAAGAGAUUGCGCCAGGAAGCCCUUUAGCCCAGCAGUAUUGGGUGGAUGCAAAUAUUGAACUAUUUGGUCAGAUUGAGGUGGAAAGGAAAUCACUCCACAAGGAACGGUUGAGAUUAGACGAGCUUGAGGGAUCGCUGACAGUAGCUCUCACAGAUCUUCUAGCUGAAGAACAGGAGGAUAUCUCAAUUGGGUAUGCGGCAUCGGCGCCGACAGAGGAGAGCGAAGGUGAACUUGGGGCAUAG